AUGCCGGAGGAGAAGGCGUCACUUAUUGAUCCCUAUGAUCCUAGUGGAUUGCCAGAUUACGAUCAUGAAUUUAUCGAUCCAGACGAGCUCCACCGCUUCGAGAGAGCUCUGAACGCCCCCGAAGCUUCUCCACUGAUAGCCAUCAACGACUGGCGACCCAUCAACCAACGCGUCCGCAAGACACGAGGCCGUUGCAAGGCUCCGAAACGAAGCACGGAUGAAACGAGAGAAGGAGUUCUAUACACAGUCCUCAAGUGGCCAUUCCUAUUCACCGUGUUCGCGUGGAUUAUAUUUUUGAGCUGUGGCUACGUGUUGGUCCGAGUGUACAUCUUCCUGUAUGAACAAUGGGUUACAUGGAGAGGCAAGCGAGAGCGAUUGCGCCAGGAGCUGUCAGCUAAGACGAGCUACCUGGAGUGGCUUAGUUCAGCGAAAGCGUUGGAUGCCCAUCUUGGAAAUGAUAAGUGGAAGCAGGCGGAUGCUUAUGCUUACUACGACCACGAGACAAUCACCAAGGUGGUAUCAGAGUUAAAAAAGGAGAAAGGGAGGGCCGAGUCCGAGUUGGUGCAUGGCCGCGAGGCCGCCGGGGAAUCAGCCGCAUUGGAAGACCUGUGUGCCUUGCUGGAGGCGUGUGUCAAGAACAAUUUCGCCGGGGUAGAGAAUCCUCGCAUCUAUAGUGAGACUUACUCCGGGACCAAGCAGCUGGUUCAGGAAUACGUUGAUGAGGUACAUACCUGUGUCCAGCUGGUCUUGGAUAGUAAGCAGAUUGACAAAGACACUAAGAAACGACACUUCAAACACCUUGAUACGAAUUUCGGCCGGACGGCGCUUUGUCUUUCUGGCGGUGCCACAUUUGCUUACUAUCACUUUGGAGUAGUCAAGGCGUUGUUAGAUAACGACAUCUUACCUGAGAUCAUCACAGGGACCUCCGGUGGAGCGUUGGUUGCCGGCCUGGUGGCGACUCGCACUGACGCCGAGCUAAAACAGCUGCUGGUCCCCGCUUUGGCACAUCGGAUCCGCGCUUGUCAUGAAGGGUUUCCGACCUGGUUUCGCCGUUGGUGGAAUACGGGUGCUCGGUUUGAUACGUUAGACUGGGCCAAGCAAUGUAGUUGGUUUUGUCGAGGUUCGACCACGUUUCGAGAAGCCUAUGAACGAACGGGCCGUAUAUUGAAUGUGUCCUGUGUUCCCUCUGAUCCUCACUCUCCGACUAUUUUGGCAAAUUAUCUGACUUCUCCGGAUUGCGUCAUUUGGAGCGCUGUGCUUGCCUCUGCCGCUGUGCCGGGUAUUCUGAAUCCAGUUGUGUUGAUGUACAAAAAGCGUGAUGGGACGCUUGCACCUUACUCUUUCGGGCAUAAGUGGAAGGAUGGAAGUCUGAGGACUGAUAUCCCCAUCAAAUCGCUUAACCUUCAUUUCAACGUGAACUUUACGAUCGUGUCACAGGUCAACCCGCAUGUCAAUCUAUUCUUUUUCAGUUCACGAGGAACUGUUGGCCGACCAGUAACCCAUCGCAAGGGUCGUGGGUGGCGCGGUGGCUUUCUGGGCACUGCAAUCGAACAGUAUAUCAAACUAGACUUGAAUAAAUGGCUUCGGGUACUCCGACACCUCGAACUUCUACCCAGACCACUGGGUCAAGACUGGAGUGAACUCUGGCUUCAGCAGUUCAGUGGCACAGUCACGAUCUGGCCUCGAAAAGUCAUUCUUUCGGACUUUUUUCACAUUCUGUCUGACCCUACCCCCGAACGGCUUGCGCGCAUGAUCCACGUCGGUCAGCAAAGCGCAUUCCCGAAAAUCCAGUUUAUCAAGAACCGGCUGAACAUCGAAAACGCUAUCAUGAGAGGGCUCCAGCAGUGUUCCACCACAGGUCGUUCUUUGUCUCCCAUUUUAUCGCGUCGGCUUCCGCUUCCAGAAAACGAGGACGCGUUGGUCGAGCGAUUGGAUGAGAAUUUUCCUGAACGCCAUGACACCGCCUAUAAAGGAGAAUCUACCGAAGAAACGAUGUCCCAAUCAACAGCCUCCUCUCGCCCACAAACCCCAACUUCAAAUCCUAGAAGGGGUAGCCUAAUGGAGGAGAUGCGCCGCCAGUCGGCAGUUUUCUUUGACGACGACAUUUUCGGUGACGAAGGCGCAGUCAUCACCUGA